UUAGUCGUUCAGCAGUUCAGUUCACUUUGAAAAUUCUCCGAAUCAUGAAGCUGUUGAUCUUGAUUUUUGCGCUUGUCCCUUUUGUGGCCAACACCUUGGCCCUGAAAAAUGCCAUCUGUGGCCUACCCCAUUCCCUAAACGGCGAUGGCAGAAUCUCCUGUGAGGCCUAUAUACCCAAAUGGUCCUACGACGGCGAUCGAAACGAGUGUAUUAAAUUUAUCUACGGAGGCUGUGGUGGCAAUGAGAAUCGCUUCGAUUCGAGGGAAAACUGCGAAGACAAGUGUUUGCAAUAAAUCAAUAAAUCAAGUGAAUCAAAAAUUGAAA